GUGGGGAGUCCCUCGCCCCCCCUUUCUUUGCUCUGACCCUUACCCCCAGCUUUGGUCAGCCUUGUCUAGGCACUUGUGUUCUAGAAAAGACACUAACCACGUUGUCAGCUGCUGACCCAAGGGAAAGGAGGCGAAUCUGUGUCAGUUAUCGAUUGCUCCGGGAAAUCGAUAUUAUUAUUUAAUGUAAACAGCAUUAAGGUUAACUAUAGGUGGGGGGGGGGGCGCUUGCAAAGCCCGGCCAUCUCCCAGGUACCCGGAGGAAGGACUUGGCUCUCAAAUCGCAAGACUAAUCGAAGCAGUUUUCUGGGUGAGCUGGUUGCUCGGCCGUCUCUCCCCCUCCCGCGCCCCCCCCUCCCCCCAACCCGCCGCCCAGCGCUUCCUCCUCCUCCUCUUGUUUUGGUUGCAAAUGGCUUCGCUUUCCCAGCCAGAUUUGCAGCUCUGCCCCCAGUGCAAGAAGUGCGGCUCGCGAGCUCGCAUCUCCUCCGCCUCGGCCACGUCGCCGCCGUCCUCGCAGACCUCCAAGUCGGCCGGGGGCGGGGGCGGGGCUGGGGGCGGGGGCGGCCCGGCCUCUGCGUCCUCCUCCUCCUCCUCCUCCUGCUCCUCCUCGUCCUCACGGAGGCUGCACGUCCUGCCCUGUCUCCACGCCUUGUGCCGCCAGUGUCUGGAGGCGCAGAGACACCCGGCGGCGGCGGGCGGGCCGCCCGGGGAGCCCCUCCACUUGCGCUGCCCCAUCUGCGACCAGAAAGUGGUGCUCUGCGACUCGCCGGGCAUGGACGCGCUGCCCUCCUCCAACUUCCUCCUGAGCAACCUGCUGGACGUGGUGGCGGCGGCCGAGGAGCCGCCGCCGCCCAAGAACAACGGCCGCGGGGUGGUGGUGGUGGGCGGCGGCGGAGGAGGCGGCGGCGGAGGCGGCGGCAACGGAGGCGGCGGUAGCGGCGGCAGCGGCGGCGGCGGCAACAACCGCCAUCACCACCAUCACCAUCACCACCACCACCCCCGUGCGCCCCCGCCGCCGCAGCCGCAGCCGCCGCCCACGGCCGGCUCUCCGCUGCAGCCGCCGCAGCCGCCGCCCUCCUCCUCCUCCUCUUCUUCUUCCUCCUCUUCUUCCUCCUCCUCGCAGCAGCAGCAGCCGCCUUCUUCCUCCUCCUCCCAGCAGCCGCAGCCGCCGGCCCAGCACCAGCACCGGGAUCACCCGCACCGCGACCACCCGCACGCGCCCCGCGCCCCGUCCGCCCCGUCCUCCGCCCCUUCCUCGUCCUCGUCCUCGCUGAUGCUCCGGCGGCCGCACAGCCAAAGCGAGGCGCGCUGCAGCUCGUGCGACGAGGGCAACCCGGCCAGCUCGCGCUGCCUCGACUGCCAGGAGCACCUGUGCGACAACUGCGUCCGCGCGCACCAGCGGGUGCGCCUCACCAAGGACCACUACAUCGAGCGCUUCGGCAGCCCGGCAGCCGCCGCCGCCGCUGCCGCCGCCGCCGCCGUGGCCAACAACACGGCGGCGGCGGCGGCGGCGCAGCUCGCGCUCAGCCAGACCUUCCCCGGCUCGCCCUUCUCCAUCCUCUCCGUGUUCCCCGAGCGGGUCAGUUACUGCCAGCAGCACGACGACGAGGUGCUUCAUUUCUACUGUGACACCUGCUCCGUGCCCAUCUGCCGAGAGUGCACCAUGGGGCGCCACGUCGGCCACAGCUUCAUCUACCUCCAGGACGCCCUGCAAGACUCCCGAACCCUCACCAUUCAGCUGCUGGCCGACGCUCAGCAAGGUCGCCAGGCCAUUCAGCUGAGCAUCGAGCAGGCCCAGGCUGUGGCGGAGCAGGUGGAAAUGAAAGCGAAGGUGGUCCAGUCGGAAGUCAAGGCGGUCACCACGAGGCACAAGAAGGCCUUGGAGGAGAGGGAGUGUGAGCUGCUGUGGAAGGUGGAGAAGAUCCGCCAGGUCAAGGCCAAGUCUCUGUACCUGCAGGUGGAAAAGCUUCGUCAGAACCUCAACAAGCUGGACAGCACCAUCAGCGCCGUGCAGCAGGUCCUGGAAGAGGGGCGCGCCAUGGACGUGCUGCUGGCCCGAGACCGCAUGCUGGCGCAGGUCCAGGAGCUCAAGAACGUCCGGAGCCUCCUCAAGCCGCAGGAAGACGACAGGGUGAUGUUCACCCCCCCGGACCAGGCCCUCUACCUGGCCAUCAAAUCCUUAGGCUUCGUCAGCAGCGGGGCUUUUGCCCCCCUGACCAAGGCCACCGGGGAAGGCCUCAAACGCGCCCUCCAGGGCAAGGUGGCGUCGUUCACGGUGAUCGGGUACGAUCACGACGGGGAGCCGCGCCUCUCGGGCGGCGACCUGAUGUCCGCGGUGGUCAUGGGGCCCGACGGGAACCUGUUCGGCGCCGACGUCAGCGAUCAGCAGAACGGCACCUACCUGGUCAGCUACCGGCCGCAGCUGGAGGGCGAGCACCUCAUUUCCGUUAUGAUGUGCAACCAGCACAUCAAGAACAGCCCCUUCAAGGUGCUGGUCAAGUCCGGGCGCAGUUACGUGGGCAUCGGGCUGCCCGGGCUGGCCUUCGGCAGCGAGGGCGACAGCGACGGGAAGCUCUGCCGCCCGUGGGGCGUCAGCGUGGACAAGGAAGGCUACAUCAUCGUGGCCGACCGCAGCAACAACCGCAUCCAGGUGUUCAAGCCCUGCGGCACCUUCUAUCACAAGUUCGGCACGCUGGGCUCCAGGCCCGGCCAGUUCGACCGCCCGGCGGGAGUGGCUUGCGACUCCUCGCGCAGGAUCGUGGUGGCGGACAAGGACAAUCAUCGCAUCCAGAUAUUCACCUUCGAAGGGCAGUUCCUCCUCAAGUUCGGGGAGAAGGGCACGAAGAACGGACAGUUCAACUAUCCUUGGGACGUGGCGGUGAAUUCGGAAGGCAAGAUUCUGGUCUCUGAUACACGGAACCACCGGGUCCAGCUGUUCGGGCCCGAUGGGGCCUUCCUGAACAAGUACGGCUUUGAAGGGGCCCUCUGGAAGCACUUUGAUUCCCCCCGGGGUGUGACCUUCAACCACGAAGGCCAUCUGGUGGUGACGGACUUCAACAACCACCGCCUGCUGGUCAUCCACCCAGACUGCCAGUCUGCACGCUUCCUGGGGUCGGAGGGCACCGGCAACGGGCAGUUCCUGCGCCCCCAGGGGGUCGCCGUGGAUCAAGAGGGACGAAUCAUCGUGGCGGAUUCCAGGAAUCAUCGGGUGCAGAUCUUCGAAUCCAACGGCAGUUUCAUAUGCAAAUUUGGUGCUCAGGGAAGUGGCUUUGGCCAAAUGGACCGCCCCUCGGGCAUUGCCGUCACUCCAGAUGGCAUGAUCGUCGUGGUUGAUUUUGGAAACAAUCGGAUCCUCAUCUUUUAAUAGAAAGUGUUGGCUUUGUGGUGGUUCUUGCGGUGGUUUUUGGGGGACGUGGUUUUGAUUUUUGUUUUUGUUUUCUCCAUUUUGAAUUUCAAAGAAGAAACCGUCUCAGGGAAAUUUUUUUUCUUUACUAUGAGAACAAAAAAAAAGUACAACGUUACUGAAGACCUACCUCAUCUUUAUUUUUUUACAGAUGAAUGUACUUAUCUUUCUGCAGGGAUUGAGCCUGGGAAGUUAUAGAUUCUAUCUACCUCAUGUUCUUUGGGUUUCCUCCUCCCUUUGUUCCUUUCCCCACCCUCUCCCUUCUCAGCCCAGUGCAGAUUUUGUAUUUACCUCCAUCCCCAAAACGGGUUAUCGAAUGCACAAGCCAACGAAUGGAUUGGUUCUCAUACUGUCACUGGAUUGGUCGUCUUCGAUCAAAGCUUUCUAGAGAGGAAGCCAAAUGAGGCUCUCUAACUUAAAAAAAAAAAUUACAGAAAAACAAGUUUAAAAAAAGUAGGGUUAGAUACUUAGAGCAUCUGUGUUCUGGAUUCUAGACUGUGGUUCGUGGGUUUCUGCCUAUGUUAAGUGUGUUUUGGUAAGCCUUUUAAGAACUUUUUUAAAAUGCUGCAACAGAGAACAUUUUCCUCUUACCCUUUUAUACCUCAGUAUGUUUCACUUCCUGUUCAGCAUCUUUUUCUUAUUUCUGGAAAAUCUGGGUGGGAGGUGCCGUCUCUGAAAAGGGGGCUUUUCCCAUUUGGGGGUUCUAUUGAGAGGAGUGUCUGCAGUGUCCCUGUCCCAAAUGGGCAAGCCAGGGAUGGCACACAUCUUAAGUUUUUUGAUGACUUUUAUUAAAAUGUUGUUCAAGGUUUUGGGGGAUGGUUUUGGUGGGGGUGGGAGGGAUAUAAUCUGUUGUUAGAAAAAAAUUGGUUAAGGAAGAGUGGAAGUCAUCUAAUUUCUUGGAUUUAAAACUUUUAAAACCUGUUUGGAGUGAAUGUAAGUUGUGUAUGUGUGUGUGUAUACGUGUGUGUGUAUACGUGUGUGUGUGUAUACGUGUGUAUACACACACCGGUAGAAGCAAAAGAACAUGCAAAAUUGUUGUCGAGGGCAUGGAAUAGCCGAAUGUUGUUUCUUUGUGUGUAACAGUUAGGAAGUUGUAUCUUUGUUUUUGUUGUUUGUUUUUUUCUAAGAGUGAUGGUGAUAGGUGGAAGGAUAAAGUUUUUAUUUUAAAGCACAAUUUUUACAGCUUUGGAAGUUCAGGGAACAAAAAUCUUUAUUGUCCGAUUUGCUAAACAUUUCCCCUGGUUUCCUUUUCCUCCCCCAACAAAAAAAAAUUUUUUUUUUUUUCUUGGAUCUUUUGAGAAGUCACUUUAAUGCAUCAUUUGCUGAAAACUGGUGCUGCACAGGAGACCUGAGAGUCAGCAUUAAUUCCUUGGAGUGCUUUUGAAUGUAAAGAUCUUUUCCCCUCUGAAAUAUCCCUUCCCUUUCCUCCCCCCCUCAGAUGUUGACGUGGUAGGUGAAAGUGGGGGAGAAGGCUACCUCCUCCUUCCUCUGCCUCAGGCAGUACCAAAGAACCAAAGCCCAAUGGGAGCAUCCAGCUUUGAACCCGUGGUCAGACCGGUGGUACUUGGGAGGGACUUUGCUUCUAGCUGGGCACACAUUUCUUCUCAUGACCUUUUCCAGGGGCUUCUUAUCUGUCUUGAAGGAUAAAGCAGACAUUGUCCACAUGGUGCAGGGACACAGCCUGGCCUUUUCUUCCAUUAUCCCGUGAUAGCAGCGACUUCUCACUUUGUCUGUCUCUCGGCUUCUUCUGAAAAGAAAGCAGCCUUGCCUUAGUCCUCAGCGAGGGAGGCUCUGGGAGCUGCCUGCUUUUCAGUGGUCGGGAGGCUCAGGGACCCUUGUUCUAAAAGAAUCAGAGCUCAAGAAAUCUAGUGCUAGGGAAGACAGCGAUUUCUUUUUGACCCCUAGAGGAAAGUGGCUCCCGGGAGCCCCUUGUCCAGAUACUCAGCUUUGUCUCUGCUUGGGCCGGAUGGCUCAACCGCUACCUUCUGUUGCCGUCUCCUCUCCCAGGCCCUUUAUUUCUUUUCUUCUAUCUCUCUGUCUCCAUCUCUCUCCCUCUUUCUCUUUUCUGCCUCUCUCUCCCCCUCUCUAUGUUUUUGAGGUCUUCUGUCCCUAAACUAAAGACCUUUACUAUAUCCAGGGAAGAAAGGAUACUGUAUCCACAAAAUCUUCACUGUUUCCACAAAAAAUCUCAAGUGUAUCCACUUCCUCCCACGGGAGAUGAAGUCUUGAAAGGUAGUAGGCAGCCUCUCUCCCCGUGGAAGCUGAGUCCGCCAUAUCCGUUAGUGGAGGCAAGACUAAAUAAAUAUUAGCGGGCAGGAAGGAGCCUAAAGGACCGAGAAAUACUGCCGGGCAGCAUUUGCCAUUACCUCCAGUGCAAUGCCUCUUAUGACAGAACCUUUCCCAUUUGUUUUAGCUGUCCCCACCUUUAGCCCUAAAUUCUAAAUUCUCAUUGGUUUGGUUUAAUUUUUAAAUGGUUAAAUGACAGUUGGGGAUGCUCUUAUUUUAUGUGAGAAAAUACUAUCCUAGCAUCCCUUAUUACCAAAGACAAAGUGGUUUUAAAAGCUUUAAAAAAAAUAAUAAAUUUCAGUUCUGGGAAUCCUUGCAGAUUUUAUCUUGCUGUUACUGGUUGGUUGAGGUGGUCUGCCCAGGAAUAGUAACGCUGCCUUUGCCUGUAUUACAGUACCUUUUUCUGUGCUCAUCCUUUUUAUUUCUCCCCAGCUUCCCCUCCAAUAAGUGUCCUGCUGUGCUCUCCCAGCCAUUCUGGGGGGCAAUCUUGAGACCUGGAUGACGCGUUACCUUUUUGUCGAUCCGGCAGUAACUGGCGUACCAAAAUCUUGUUUUCUUUCUGGCUCUCAAAGUUGGGAGCAGGACCUACGUGACCUUGGGUGACCUUCCCUGCCCUGUAUCUGGUAGCCACCGAAGCUCUGGGUUUCAAUGACUGAAGUCCGAAGAAGAUCCUUGGCUUUUCUUUCUUGGUAGUGUUCCUCACUUUUUUUAAUUGAGUGGAUCACUGUGCCCGGCCGCCAUUCAGAGAAAUGGGUGUCGCAUUUGGGGACCCGUUGUUUGUAAAACAUUGCCAUCUGUGGGUCCCCAGACUCUCCCCCUGGAAGAGUGCUGAGCGCUCUGGAAGAACUUUAGUCUAGCUUCCAGUCCGGUGGAUCUUUAGUCAAAGGGAAGAAUAGGAUGAAAGCCAACAUCUAGUGCCCCCUCGGGGUGUGGCUGUUCAAAAAUCACCCAGAGAGGGUCCAGGAAAGGUAGAGCUUAGGCAAAUCAAUUGUGUGAGAGAGGGACAGAAGAGAGCAGUUUGCUUCCUGCCCAAGACAUGGCUUUGAGAAACCUUCCGGGAAUCUCCUUUGGCCCUAGUCCAGUGGGCACCCAAGGUGAGAGAUGUGGGAAGUGCAAAAGAAAAAAAAAGAAAGACUAGGUACGUUUCCGGCGAACUCUAGUUUUAGCGAAGGCAGAUGGAUUUGUGCACUAAAACUCCUGAAGGAAUUUAUAGAAUCAAGGGGUAAAACCACUUUGGGUGGGGAAGCUGAUGACCUUUCAGAAGUGUGGUCAGCUAAAAGAAACUGCUUUCCUAUGGCUAAAAGUAACCAUUAGGCAAUCCUGCUGCCAAGCCUGUGACACAGAACCUAUCCGAGGUAGCCCUGAUGCUGUAGUGCAGUACGUACCCUCGGUGAGCUAGAACAAAACCCCUCCGUGGGUACCAGUUUUAGUGUAAUGUGGAGGAAACCCCAGAAGAUUAUACCACAGAGACAACCUAAAAUCUAACAUUGGGCCAAAAGAUUCGAGUUGGAAUUAGGGCACUUCGUAUUUGGCGUCCAAUGGGAUAACUGGAGAUGGGCUUUUUUUUUUUUUUUUUUUUUUUUUUUUUAAGUUCGAGUUAAGCCAAAGCUUAAUUUAUUUGAAGAGAGAAGUCUUUAGGCUUGGUCUAGCAGAAUUGUGUUUGUUUGUCUGUUUUCUUCUUUCAAAGAUUGUGAGAUUUCUGUGUUUGGUAAAUGAGUGAAAGUCGUGCCAAAGUUUUGUGGGAGAUUUUUUUGUCUGUUUUGUUGUAUUUUCUUAAAAAAAAAAAAAAAAUCUACGUGGUGCCAAAAAAAAAAAAAAAAAAAAAGGAAGUAGGGUAUUUAUUUAAACACCUCUCUUUGGAGUUUGUUUCCAACAGUCUGGAGCUGUAUAAAAAUCAAACACUGGUACUUGCGUAAGACAAAUAUGCCUCUGAUCCUUGAGUCCCUCCCUUCGAGUACUCGGGUUCCCUGCUCGCCGAUGGCGCAGGAUGCACAAACCGUUACACCGGUUUUAUUUUUCUAAAUUAUUAUUUGAAAAGUUGUUGGGUUUUCGUUGUUUGCUUUGUUUCUACCUCAUUUUUAGAGAGACAGCAUCUACCUCACUGGAGCACUCAACAGGUCUCUGAAGAAAUAGUAUUAAUCCAUUUGAGGAAAAAAGACGGAGCUCUCCCACUCCUACAAGUAGAAUACGUCCAUCGACCUACAGGGGAUUUUGUUGACUUUCAGGAGGACUGUUAAGUUGUUCUGGUUAGAGAAACUGAAUUGAAACCAAAUAUUCUUAAAAAAAAAAAACUCAAGCAAACUUAGUCACCAAAUUCAAAUAGUUCUUAAAGUGGACUCUUUAUUUUAAUGAAGAGUUAUGCAAACUUGUUUUAGAAAUCCACUUUUUUCAGUAUUAAAAACAAAAACGACUAGUCAUUUGAAAUUGAUUUGGAAUUGGAAUUUGCAGCAUUCUUACAUCUUCAAGACCUUUAGGUCUCCUCUCUUCAAGAGAAAAAUAUUUUAUUUUAUCUUAUGUUUGGAUGUUUACAAAUACAUCCCGUUAGAGAAGAUUGUAUUGCUUUAAUGCUUUGGACGGCAGAGCUAUCUUAUACCAAAUGUUGGAAGGGAAUGAGAAUUGUUUUGACUUUGUGAUUGUAUUUGUAGUUUUCUUGACCCAGUGGGAUGUCUUCCACCAUGACCUACACUUCUCUUCACAUUUGGGGAGAACUCUUUGAGUGAAUGUGAUUUUAAUUUUUUUUUUUUUUUUUUUGCUACCAAAGGUAUCUGAGGGGGAUGGGGGGGGGGGGAGUAUCCAAGGUUUUUUUUGUUUUUGUUUUUUUGGUUUGGUUUGGUUUUAAAUAAUAAAAGUUGAGAAGCACAUUACCAGAAAGUAGGGUUGAUUUCCCAUUCCCCCCACUUGUUUUUUUUUUUUUUCCUAGUUGGAUCUUCUGAGUUGGAGGUGGAAGACUGAUGGGAGUGUCUAGAACACCCCUCCCCCUCCCCCCAGAGUUCCAGUGUAUUGGGUUUGUGUCAUGGUGAGAAGACAUGCCUCUAUUUAAAAAAAAGAAAAAAAAAAGAAAAAGAAAAUGAUCUUACGGGUUAACAUUAAGCCAGAUAGGUGGGACGUUUCCUGCCAUUGUUUAACCAAUGAUGGUUCUAAAAGCUUUGUGAGUACCUGCAUGGUCUUAGACCCUCUUAAUGAUUGUAUGAACGUUACAAACUCAGGUAGAAUUGGUUGUGAAGCUCUUAUUUCACAGAGCAUCCAGACUGAAUGUUACCUGUCUAUCCAGUGAACGGAGUCGCCGCCCGCCAGGCCUUUGCCCCUUUCUGUGUGUAGUUUGCUUCUUAGUCUGAGUAGCUGUACUUGUCCCCUCGAGGACAUUGUGUCCUGGUUCCGGGGCUCUGACGUGUGUUAUCUUCUGGUGAAGGGUGGGUUUUUCCUUUUUUUUUUUUUUCCCCCUUAAAUCAGUACAGGUUGUGGGGUGGGUGGGUGGGGAUCAUUAAAAACUAGUUGAAGGUUAGUCGGGUGGGUGGGAGGGGCCCGUUAGCAUGGUUUCUGAGAACCUGGCUUCCUCUGUCGAUUGCCCGUCCUGCCUCGCCUCGGCAGAGACACUUUAUUCAACGUGGGACCGGGAGACCUGGGCCUCGCGGGUGGGGGAGGAUGGCCGUCGGAGGCCAAAUGGAGAGGGAGGAGGAAAGGAAUCCUGGUGUCCCUGUGACAGAGCUGACCUUAUCGAGGUCAGACAGGAGCUGGGAAGACCACCAGCCUCCCAGGAGAAGCUCCUCGUUCCUCAGCAACUGGGCGGCUUUCGCUCCGGUCAUUCCUCGGCCGCGGGGCCGGAGCGUCGGGGCUCUCCCCGGGACAAACCUUGCUACUUGGUGGGCAUUAAUUCAUUUCAGUUUGGCCAGCUCGGUCCCCCUCCCCUCGGGGAGAAGAGGCAGGCUUAGUUUUGACCAUCAGAUCCCCGGCCCUGGAGGGAGCCGGGCGUGACGGGCAAUGGCCAGAGGAAGAGCAGACAGAGGUGUUCAAAAACUCCUGUGUAGACAGAGGCUUCUGAAUGUAUCACUGUGGUCCACGGAGGAGGCUGAAGAAGGUAGCAAGGAGAUGCCGUGUCAGCUACCAGCAGCCUUAAAACAAAGUUGGUGUCUCUCUGGACCUUAAAAUUGUUCCUAUGCAGUUUAUUUUAUUUUUGUUUAAUCAAAUAAAUGUGAGGGUUUUUUUUUCCAUUGAAGCCGUGUCCGUGUGAUUCAUUGUUGGGCAGCACGCGUCGAAGGCUGAAGACGAAUUUUGGAAGCCCAGAUCGGGGUGAUUUCUCUAAAUGCUUGAUUGACGCCUUAUUCCUCUCCAGGCCCCUUUCUUGACAUCUCUGUAAGUGUCUUUGUUUAGCGAAUAAGGAUUCAAAUUCUGUGUGGCUUCCCACUGUCCGUCCACAAGGGGUUGGGGAGUGGGGAAGGCCCUGGACACCUGAGCCUGCCCCUUUAUCAUCCCUCUGCGGGCCUGCCGGCCUCCUGGCCCUGUUGGUUAGCCGAGGCAGGCCUGCGGGGUGUCCAAGGCCCUUCCGCGCUCUAGAGCGGGAGCCCUGCGCCGGGCCCGGCUGUUUUGUUAGUCCGUUGCCUGCCCUGUGGCGGGCUCGGCUGUUUUGUUAGUCCGUUGCCCGAUUUAUUAUCUGGUAAAUUAAAGUUCUGUCUCAGGCGCGUCUGCCGCCCCGUAGUGACGGGCUGGCCUUGGCAUUCGGUGCUCAGUGGGCGAUCGGGAGCCCCUCGGCCCGGUAUCGCCAGGUUUGUGGGACAAGCGCGCUGACGGCUGAUCGGUUCCAGGUUUGCCUCGGAGCGCCUUUAGUCAGCAGCCCCUGAAUCCCCAAAGGGACGGGUCCCACACAAACAUUUCAGAGCA